AUGGAAACGGACUACCUGAAGAGGUGCUUUGGCAAUUGCCUGAGCCAGGCACUGGCAGAGGUGGCGAAAGUUCGGCCCAGUGACCCCGUCGAGUACCUGGCUCACUGGCUUUAUCAUUACAGGAAAAUCACUAAAGCAAAAGAAGAGGAGAGCCAGGAGAUGAUCCAGCUGAAGGAAGAACACGACAAUAGCCUCAAAGAAACCAAAAUGACAGAAAUGCCGAAGCAAGAAGAGUGUCAGAUUCAACAGCAGUAUGCAAAGUGCCACAAGAUCUUUCCACCUGCCCCUCAUGUUCCCUGUCUUCUGCAGGAAGCUGCGGACCUGUCUUCCCUGAAGCCCAAGCUGGAUGAACUGGGAGUCCCCCUGUAUGCAGUGGUGAAGGAACAAAUCAGGACCGAAGUGCAGGACUUCCAGCCUUAUUUCAAAGGAGAAAUCUUCCUGGAUGAAAAGAAAAAGUUCUACGGUCCCCAAAGACGGAAGAUGAUGUUUAUGGGAUUUGUCCGUCUGGGUGUCUGGUACAACUUCUUCCGAGCCCGGAACGGAGGCUUUUCUGGAAAUCUGGAAGGCGAAGGCUUCAUCCUUGGGGGAGUUUUUGUGGUGGGAUCAGGAAAGCAGGGCAUUCUUCUCGAGCAUCGAGAAAAAGAAUUUGGAGACAAAGUGAACCCAGUUUCAGUUCUGGAAGCUGUUAGGAAGAUCCAACCCCAGACUUUGGCUGCGGAGGCAAAGUGAUCAUGUGAAACUGCUCAGGGAUAACUAGGGGCACUCACCUGUGUCCUGGGAUGUGCUAUAUCUCCACUCAUGUCCCCAGAGAGUUAGAAACCCACUUAUGCCAUAUUGUCAGUAGAGAUCGUUAACAUAUUUUAAUCCUGUGCUCUCUUUAGGCCCAAUAAGGCAAAAUAGCUCCCAGACAAGACUGAUAAGAAUCUAAGAAACCAGUGAAGGUAAUUUCAGCUAAAACCUGGAAAAUAUGAGGCUUAGCCUUGACUGCUGCACCUCCUUAAAACGUACGUGGCGUGAGUGCCGUUAUCGGAAAUGGCUUUUAUUUUCAUGUUUUCAAAAAUCUAAGAAAAGUUGAUGAUUGACUUGAAGAUUCAGGAUAUGAAGGCUUGGGGCUUGUGUGUUCUCUAUUAAUGACCUGUUAUACAAUGUUAAAGUAAUACGCAAAGGAAUUGGUGGACACUGGAUGGCUUACUAAAAGUAAAUUAUGAAGUGAAAUCUAUUUUUUCAUCGUCUUCCAUUCUAACCUCAGAGGUUUGUUUUUCUAGAAGAAGUGAUCAUGUCUGGCUCUAAUAAAAUUAUGUAUCAGAAAUUGCCUGUAAUACAAGUUUUUCUGAUAAAACUAACAAUAAAAAUAUUUACCAGAA